CCUCCUCGGCGGCUCCACUCCUCCCACAAGGCACCGCGGCGGAAGCCGGAAAGGAGGACGUGGUGGCGCGCGGCAGGCUGGGAGCCGGAGGGCGUCGUGGUCGUCUGCUGCUCCUCCUCCUCCUCCUCCCCGCGAAGCAGCAGCAGCCGCAGCAGCGCCAGGAUGGUGACAGACGUGCAACUGGCCAUCUUUGCCAACAUGUUGGGCGUGUCGCUCUUCCUGCUUGUCGUCCUCUAUCACUACGUGGCUGUCAACAACCCUAAGAAGCAAGAAUGAUGCUGGCUGGGCUGGAGGGGGCCCCCCUCUGCCCCCCAAAGCACCUGCCAGCACCGCCGAGUGUGGAGUUCCUGGACCCUGCGGUCUCUUCCUCCUCCUGGCCUCAUGGAGACCCCCUUGGACAAGAAUAAAUGGCUCAGGAGCCCCCAGCUGCA